AUGGUCUCCCGUAAUCUCAUCCUCGCUACCAUUGUCGUUAUUGCCUCUACAAUGCUUCCAACGGCCACAGCUUUUGCUCCUCAAGCGUCAGUUGCCACCCACCAUGCAUCAUCUCCCUUGUACAUCUUUGGAAAGAAGGCGGAGGAAACUGACUUUUCAGAUAUCGAGGUCCGCGACUUGACGCGUGAAGAGAUGUUGGAAAUUAAUAAGCAGAACGAAGACGUGAUGAAUAUGGAAUUGGGAAUGAUGACUGCAUUUGGUUUGUUUACCAGUAUUCCUAUGCUGUACCUUUGCUGGGUUGCUUUCUUCUCCGACUAA